CAGUUCACUCCUGGUUCACUCUACGAUGUCAAGUGAGGUUCUCCAAGAAGAGUUUGAAGUCCUUGAGUCCAUAUACACUUCAGAACUUUCCAAAAUUUCCGAUAAGGAGAUUCGUAUCAAAGCUGAACCAGAGGACAGUCCUGAAGAUCAAGCUUUAAAGGUCACCCUUCACGUUCAGUACCCAGACGAUUAUCCGGAUGUUCUGCCCGACCUGUCAAUCGAAUGUACGGAGGGAGAGAUAGACGACACAGAAACCAAAGGCCUCCUUGAAGACCUUAGGAGAAUGGGUGAAGAUAGUCUUGGUAUGGCCAUGACAUUUACUCUCGUCACUCAUCUCCGCGAGCGGCUUUCCGAUAUCGUCCGAACAAGAAAAGAGAUUGUCAAGCAGGCAGAGCUUGAGAAAGAGAGAAUAGCGCUAGAGGAGGAAGCCACUCGCACGCGAGGCACUCCAGUCACAGUCGCGUCGUUCAAAGCGUGGAAAGCCAAGUUUGAUGCAGAACGAGCGGAAAUUGGAGCGCGAGAAGAGGUAGAGAAGUUGAAAGGGAUGACACCUAAAGAACGUGAAGAGUGGAAACGGGCUAUAGCUCGAUUAUCAGGUCGUCAGUUGUUCGAGCGCAACAAGAAUCUCGAAGAAGAAAACCUCAUGGAAGAGGGAACGGUAUCUGUAGACAUAAGUCAAUACGAACGAAGGCACCAAGAAGAGCAGGAUGAGGAGGAACGUAUUGCAUUCAGCGACAGCGAUUAAAUAGCGGAAUAAUGUGACGAUCCAACUAUCUUCAUGCCCGAAGCUGGGUGAGGACAAGUUGAGGAGCAAAUAUGGAUCAAUAACGCGUCCACUGUCAGCGGGUUAUGGACAACUAAAUCCAGGUCGCAGUGAAUGUAUCGGGUUCGAGGACGAUGUUCGCUUCUUGUUGAGGACCAUGAGCCUCAGCUUCUGCUUAGUUCCUCGACUUGAGAGUCCGAGAUCGAAUUUAGAAGCCUUUUGUACUUCCUUGUAGAAGCCCAGAUUCUUUGACUCUGACAGUUCCAAAUUGGUCGUUUGGCCUACAC